UGCAUAACAUAUUAUAGUACCCUUUAAAUUUUUUUAUUGUUUAUUUUUUGUAAUCUUUGUAAUUGUCAUUCACUAUUUAAAUGCGGGUAAUUUAAUUUAAUCCAUUUAUUCUCAGUGGUAUCAUCUAGGGAAUCUCUAUCUCUAAUCGCCGAUCUUAUCGACAAUUCUGGAGCAAUUUUAUUUUGACUCCAAAUAACAACAAUCCCUAACAAUAUUGAACAAAAUUUUACAAAUAUUUGUUCUAUAACAACCCACGUUACUAUUUUUUAUUAUUAGAUGGCUUUGGACUUUCUUUACAGAAACCUCGAACAAAUGAGUUUUUUACACAAACCCCGAAAUUAUGGGAAGGACCUAUGCCAUUCUACACCAAAUGCUUAUGGAACAGAUGAUAUUUGUAAAUCACCAACUAUGGCAAUCGAAAACCCUGAUUCCCGAGAUCCGUCAAGUUUAGGGCUGCAAUAUAGUGAUCUCCCAACCACUAAUAAAAAAUCAAAGACGAUUUUGCCUAAACGAUCACCAUUUUCAAGCACCGAAUUCCUAGUGAGCAACUGUACUAACAAGUUUUGCGAUGAUAAAUAUUACUCCGGUAAUUCUAUACUUUGGAAUAGUAUGAUCAACAAUCUCAACUAUGAAAAAGGCUCAUGGACAGAUUCCAAUUGGAGAUAUAACGAUUGGAACUGCGUUGCUUCUGAUUUGACAACAAACAGCGGGACAGUGAAUAGUUUAAACGAGGAGAAGAAUUCUGAUAUUUUCAAUAGUGCCAACAAUAGUUUUAGUUGUCUUAGCUCAGGAUCAAAUUUUCUUUUAUCCAAGUCACUGUCCUCAGAUGUGAAUAAAAAUGAUAGUACUGCUGAAACGACUCCAGAAACCAUGGUCACAAAUUCAAUUCAAAGCGUAAAUCUCACCAGUUUAAGUGGUUACCAGUUUCCAACCUUUUCUAAAUCAUUCAAAAACGUAAAUAGUUUUAUGAAUAACCAUCCACCUUUAUCCAAUGCUCCCAGUUGUGAUAAGGCUGGAGAGGACAAUUAUAAAGAAAAGGGUAGUAAAUUGAGAAGAGAUAUUACCUUUGACAAGGAUUUGGAUUUAACGACCAUAACUCAGAGCAACGGACCUCCCGUUACCAUGAAAGUAUAUACUUCUUGGAGCUCCGACUCGGAAAAUACCACAUCCGUUAAAAAGUCUGAAAAAGUUCAGCUGGUUGCCAGAUCCGGCAAUUGGAUAUACGUUAGAGUCAACUCAAAUCCAAAUCGCUAUGGUUGGAUACCCGAAUUUACUCUUGUAGAGUCUGAAAUGUUAUCUAGGAAAAUGACAACCAACUAACCUUUAAUAUUUUAUUAUUCUAA